AUGGGGGACUUUAACACUAUCUUACAUCAAGAAGACAGAAUGCAUGGUUCACCUGUACAAGAAUAUGAGACAAGAGACUUCAGGGAAUUCUUAAUGAAUACAGGAUUCUGUGAAGUUAAAACAUUUGGAAGGGAGUAUACAUGGACAAAUAGCCACACAUAUAGCAAAAUCGAUAGAGCCAUUGCAAAUGCAGAUUGGAUGAUCAAUAUGACCACACAAGUAGUUCAUAUUUUGGAGCCUCACUUUUCUGAUCACUCACCCUUGAGCAUCAGUUUCACUGAAUCACCUAAAAGAGGAGGAAAGCCUUUUAAAUUCUUCAAUUGCAUAGCUGAACAUACACAAUUCCAACAGGCAGUUGAGGAGGGAUGGAACAUACAGACGAAUAGGAAGAACAUGGGAGCAAUAUGGGACAAACUCAAGGGGGUUAAACAGAAUUUGAAAAGACUCAAUACUGAGCAGUUCAUUGGUGUAGAUAAGAAGAUUAAGGAGGUCAGACUACAUCUACAAGAGGUGCAAGAGAAGUUAAGUGCCGACUACCUGAACACCAUGCUAAUGGAGGAAGAAAGGGAAUUAAAAUGUCAAUUGGAGAAAUGGAGUGGUAUCGAGGAAAGCAUAUACAAGCAAAAGUCUAGAAUUCAGUGGCUAAAAGAAGGUGAUUCUAAUACUGCCUACUUCUUUGCCUCCAUGAAGCACAGGUAUUCACAGAAUCACAUCAGGAACCUUAAAAAUGAUCAGGGGGAGAGACUCCAUACUGAAGCUGAGAUAAUAAAGGAAAUAACUGGAUAUAUGAGAAUACUUGGCACAUCAACAAUACCCUGCCUGCCAUGA